AUGUCUGGCGACGAACAAUGUUCGCCUGACUUAGAGGGGGGGGAGUCGGCAGGCUCACCUCAUGAAGACUCAGAUGGGUCAUGGAUUCGGCCCACCCUACCGGGGUCCGGUGCUGGCACCUCGGCCGGUGUCGGCAUCUCAUCGGGGCCUCCGGCUCUCUUCGCCCCUCCCUCGGCUUCGUCUUCGAGCACUCGUGGCGCCGACCUUGACCUUAGCCACGGCCAGCGGAUGUCUUAUGAAAACUUUUUGGCUUCAGCUAUCAGUCAGUGCAUUCAGGAGGAUUCGCUCAAGCUCCCUUGGGAGAGGGGCAUCUGGGCUCCGCCUGCUCAUCUGAAGCCAUCGUUUCGGCAUCAUGCUGUGGGGGUAGCAGAUCUCUUUGUGCCUGCAUCUCAACCUGCAGUACCUGCCUUCACGGCCGCAGCAAGUCGUUCUUACCCAGCCUUCAUGAAGAAGAGGCUGAGGCUGGGAACUCUGCAUCGUGACGAGUCUGAGGUUCGGGCCCUGCAGCUGAGGAAACUUAGGACAAUUGUUUUACAGGACCCCUCUGCUUCGGAGCUUGGCUGUGCCUUGGUCAAUGCAGCGGGGGCGCUUCAAGAUGAGGAGCUUGUGGUUCGGAGCUUCAGGGACGCUUUCACUUCUAAGAGCACUGGGACUCUGGUGAAGCGGGUCUCUUCGCUUUGGCCUUUUUGCUCUUUUCUUAAUGACAAAGGGGUUCCCCCGCUUAACUUCGUUGAAGAGCUCCUCUACGACUUCCUCAACAAACUCCGGGAAGCGAAGCGGGGGGCUACGGCAGCAUCGUCCCUCCUUUCAGCUCUGAGGUUCAUUCACGGUGUAGUUAAGAUUAAGGACCAGCCGAAGGACCUCGUGUUCUCUGCCAGGUGUGAAGGUCUGGCGCGGGGCGAGAUGAGCAAGAAGCGGCCCACCAAGCAGUCCGAGGUCUUGACAUCGGACCAGGUUUGGUCUCUCGAGAAGCUUGUCGUGGAGCGGGCACCGAGCUUGUUCUCCCUGAUAGGCGGCCAGAUACUCUUUGCUCUCUUUGCCUGUGCUCGGUGGGAUGAUUCUCUGCACCUCGUGGAGAUUAUCCUGUCAAGGCACGGGCGCAUUGUGCUGGUGGAGACAGCCACCUCCAAGCAUAAGACUUCGCAGGCCUCUCACGACAGGUCCCUUCUGCUGCCUCUUAUAUGCUUGGGACAAGGCCUCUACGAGAAACCAUGGGCCGACGCUUGGGUUGCUUCGCGGGCUCACUUUGGGAUGGAUGCAACAGGGCCGGCUCUUCCGACUUACUGUGAGAGAACCAGCUCUUUUGGCCAAGGCCCUAUGUCUGCGACGGAGGCUACCCUGUGGCUUCGUGAGCUGCUGUGCAUGGCAGGAGCAUCUCCCAUGGACGUCGAGAGCAUCACCAGCCACGGCCUCAAGGCGACAUUGCUGUCGUGGAUCAGCAAGCAUGGUGGAUGGUCCGAGCGGGACCAGAAGCUCAUGGGGCACCACUUCGAUAGGGAGUCCCGCUCCGUACUGAUUUACAGUCGUGACAGCUACACCCCGCUUGCUGUGCAGACCCGUCGCCUCCUCGACAAGAUCAUCGACGGUGCCAUGGCCACUUCCGAGUUGGACUCAGAGGUUGAGUUUAGAAGAAGAGCACUGCAGCUAGGGGUGAGCUCGACGAACAUUGACUCGCUCAUCGCUUCAGGCUUCAAAACAUUCGGGCAGUAUGCGUUCAGUGUUCCAUACCAGCCCGGCAGUGCGGAUGAGAGCCCCUUGGUCGACAUGCUCACGUCUUCCCUUUCAGGGGAGCCAGAUGCGGGACAGCUGGCAUGCUUGAGGCGUCUCUUUUGGGAGGCCCAUGGCUUGGCUGUUCGCGAUCUUCGUCUUCGACAGGAGCAUGGCUCGGACUCCGUCAUCAAGAAGCUGCCCACAUCCGAGAGGACAGCUCGUGCUGAUGCUCAGCGCAGGCGCUUGACUGGUAUCACAUGGUCUCCCGAGACGGAGCCUUCGCACCAGCUUGUGGACAGGUUCGUGUCGAUGGUCGAGGAGCAGACGGUCAUCUAUGUCCGCCCGGAGCUUUGCACUAGCCGAGCUCAAGAGACCUUGCAGGUGAAGCAGGCUAAGACUUUCGCCCUCGGCUCCGAUGGCCAGCUUCGCAUAACGGCUAAGGGUGACGAUCUUGAGUGCUCGACGGCUGGAGAGUGGAAGCUACGCAUGGCGCUCCAGCGGAAGUCGCUGGCUAUGGAUUUGGCGGGCCUCGCAAGCUUCCAAGUGUCCGAGGCUUGGCACACCUACUUGUUCACG